CAAGUAGGAACCAAACGUGGAGAAUUACAGACCUAGUACAGUACAGUAGUACAUAACCUGCUUCUUGGUCCGUAAUCCGCUGUAAUAAUAAUAGAAACUCCGUAAAUACUACUCCUAGUAGAGCAGCAUCACUGUAUCUUUUUCAUCCACCAACGAAAAAAAAAAAGUAAGAAAUUGAAAGGAUGUCACUGGGGGAGUCUAAUGGAGUUCAUAGCCUCGGAUCAAGCUUUCUAGAAGAUGGUACGCCUAUGUACAACCUCAUGAUGCCGCCGCCGCCGGUUUCCUCUUCCCCCUCCUCUUACCAGCUCCCCGCCGGAGGCGGCGGAGAGCCGCCGCUGAUCACUUCAGCUCAGCCUAGCCUGAACCCUAGCGCGCCGGAACCACCCGUUAAGAAAAAGCGAGGGAGGCCGAGGAAGUACGCUCCCGACGGCUCCGCUAAUCCUGCGAUAAUAUCGGCGCCGCCGCCGCCGCUGGCCGGUGGAUCUUUGUCUCCCACCCGCACGCAGGCGGCGGAGACCGCCGCGUCUCCGAAGAAAAAGGGGAGGGGCAGACCUCCAGGUUCUGGGCGAAAGAACCAAAUAUCUGCUGGUGCUUUAGGAUCUGCAGGGGCAGGGUUUGGAUUUAAACCACAUGUUGUCACAAUAAAAGCGGGAGAGGAUGUACAGGCAAAAUUAAUGUCAUUUUCUCAGAAUACCUCGCAAGCCAUCUGUAUUCUGUCAGCAAACGGUGCCAUAUCUAAUGUAACACUUCGUCAAGCAGCAACGUCUGGUGGGACUGUGACCUAUGAGGGACGAUUUGAGAUCCUGUCUCUAUCGGGAUCCUUUCUACUCUCGGAACUGGGCGGUCAGCGCAGCAGAACGGGUGGUUUGAGCGUGUCUCUAGCCGGACCAGACGGUCACGUUUUAGGCGGUUGUGUUGCAGGUCUUCUAACUGCUGCAUCUCCCGUUCAGGUUAUUGUUGGAAGUUUCAGCAUUGAAGUUCAUCAACAGCAAGCAGGCAAUUGUGAAGGGCUGGCCAGUCCACCAGGCAUGCUGAUUUCAGGAGCAUCAGCAGCAGCCAAAAGCCCGCCUUCGCUCGGAACCCUAAGCGCAUCCAGUGGUGGCGGCCCCGUCAGCCCUCAUAACCACCACCUCGAAACUUCAAAUAGCAGCCCGCCUGGGAUCGCGGGCAUCCAGUGGAGGUAGAUCGACUCAAAAUGUAACUCAGGAUUGCCCCCUCCCACCUCCUAACUCUGUUGUUCUAGGAAAACCUGUCAUGAUAAGUCUCUAGGAACCUUAGCAAUGUAGUCUAUGUAGUAUGUAGGGCUCAGCUUGUGUGUGUACUGUGUAAUGCCAUGGCCUGGAUUCUCAAGUGUGCAAUUUAGUUUAAGUGAUGACACCUUACAACUGCAGUUCCCAUCCUGUGUGAUUUGCAUUUUACAAUGUGAAACCACUCAUAUGUUGUUAUGCUAUUUUUGUUUCCUUAUAA